UUUUCUGAUAUACACAAAAACUUACAAAACAAACAAAAAAAAAACAGAACACACAUAGAAUAGACCCCCUUCCCCAGCCUGCAGGUAUACAAUACAGUGACAAUCAAAACAACUUUAUGGUUGCGAUACAUUGCUUUAAGGAAUAGAAUUCCUGUUAAGGUAACAGAAGAAAGGGUCCCAAAUCCUGUGAUAUUGUCCAAUGUUACCUUUUAAAAGAUGUCUGGUUCGUUCCAAGUGCAGAGUAGAUAUCAGUUCCUCAAGCCAUAAUUUAGCAGUAGGAGGAUUAACCUUUUUCCAGAACAGUAAUAGUAGCUUCUUGGCUGUGAUCAGGCAGUAUGUAAGGAACUUCUGUUGAGCAUUACUCAAAAAACAUGUAGGAUUGGAAUGUCCUAAUAUAAUGAGCACUGGGUCUAAAUCCAAGUUCACGUCAAGGACAUCCAAAAUCACUUUAAAAACCUCACACCAGAAUCCCUGUAUUUUAUGGCAGAAAAUAAAACUAUGAGCUAAAUCAGCAUCCUGUGAUCUGUACUUAUUACAAAUAGGUGACACAUUGGGGAAAAUCCUAUGUAAUCCUUUUUAGAGAAGUGUAAUCUAUGUAGAACCUUGAACUGAAUGAGGCAUAAUCUACUAUUAACUGAUUGUUUAUCAAUAUCCUCCAAGCCACUCUGCCAGACCUCUUCUGAGAUUUCAAUUCCAAUCUCUCGCUCCCAGUCCUUUCUGAUCAAAUUUGUCGAGGGGAAAAUAGCUGCUAGUAACUUUCCAUAAAUUAAAGAUAGCUGACAAUUGUUUCCCCUGAACUGUGUAAGACAGUCAUCAAUGACUGAGGGAGUUACCUCAUCUAGGGAAACAGUAUGUGUACGCAAGUAAUUCCUUAUCUGUAAGAAUCUAAAAAUUCUGUAUCUUUUUGACGUGUGAGGUCAUUGUCCAGUGGCCGCAUUAUGGAUUACUAUAGUUCCAGGUCAGCUGUAAGCCUUACACAGUGUGUGGGCAGAACUGCACUCUUAAAACUCAUGUCGCUUUUUUAUUUAACAAUGAGAAUAAGUCAGAUCGAUGUGUCUCAAGCAAGAGAACAAACAAGCUGAACCUGGAAGCGUCACCCUGCAGCAUUUCAUUACAUACCAUGGGGUAGAAGGAUUGUGUCAGGUGGUAACCCUGUGGACUCACACCUCUGGGCUGUCAGAUUGAUCCUCGCGCUGUCUGAAGUUGUGUGUAGUACGUGCAUGUUCUCCCUGUGUUUUUUGGGUGAAUUUUGUUUCAUGUGAUCGAUGUAUCUAAAUUUCCCUUUGAAACCAGUCAGUGGUGUCUUGUACGCUUUGUGAAGUCAACUUCAAGCACUCUGCAACUCUGCUUGGAUAAGUUCAUCCAUUGAUUUCGCAACCACAUACUCAGGGCAGAGUUACAAGGGGCCUGGAAUUAACCCCAGGAAGCAAAGGGUAAAGGGAGGAGAUACACUAGACUGGAUGACAGUCCAUCACAGGGUAAACACUCACACACUAUGGGAUAGAGAUGCCAAUUAGCCUGACUGUGGUUAGGAACCAGCAAGAUAGAGUGAGGACUUGUGAACUCAUACAGAGUGCAAGCAGGAUUCCAGACCGUAAUGCUGGAACCGUGAGGCAAUAGCAUUACCCACUGAGCCACUGUGCUGCGCACUAAGGUAAGCGAUUAUGGAAAAUGGAUAGAUGUUGGGUAAACAUUCUAACUCACAGCUGACACAUGUGCGGUUUUUGUAGUGUCACAACAGUUUGCUUUAUAGCUGUGAAAAUUGACUUUGAAGAACCUUAAAAAAAAGAAGAAAAUAGUCAAGCGUUGAAACUUAACCUUCAGACAUCAUGUUUGCGAUGCCAGUGAUGCACUGAGCUGUAUAAGGCUGCCAUCUAGUGGCUAACGUGAUAUGAGCACAUUAGAUCUGUACUGUUGUUUCCCUGUCCACGUUUCUCGUUGUGUCUUUAUUAGGGGAAAGGUGCCCCAAAGUCCCGCAAUUACAAAAAACAUGAUUAUUAAAAAGUGGAAUAUCUUCAUGUGAAAUGGAUCAAAAGUAGGCCGACACCACGCGCACUAGUAUAGAGGAUACAUGCAAUAUCGGUACAUUGCAGCAGUUUACUUUAUCUUACCAACAUACAAUGGAUAUGUGUCCCUUUAAAGGAAAAGAAAGUAUCAGGUUUAAGGAAAAGGGAGGCAUGCCGGGUUAGAGGCGGUUCCUUUCAGCUCCGGGAGAGUUAGUAGCCACGGAAAGCACAGUCGGUUUCUCCAGGGGUAAAUAUGUCUAUAACGAUCUUAUCAUCUUUUAUAUAAUAAUAUAAAACGAUGAUGCUUUAAAAUGUAUGACGUCACAACGAAAUGGAAAUAUAAUGUAUUUGGGAUGAAGAAGGUCCCAAGGAUCGUGGUGGUGGGGGCGGGAAUAGCAGGAAUCGGAGCCGCUUCCGAACUUCGGGAUGCGGGAUUCAGUGAUGUGACUAUCCUGGAAGCCACGGGGGAGAUUGGGGGGAGAAUCGGCAAAUAUCAGCUGGGAAAAGCUUGGAUAGACACAGGAGCUCAAUACAUCCAUGGGACCAGUGAGACAAACCCUGUUUACUGCCUCAGCAAAAAAUUUGGCAUUUUAGACAAUGUUCCUAAAGAGGAAGGAAGGUGGAGCAUCCUAAGUGAAAAGGGGAGCAGAGUCGAUGAGGACUUUGCAGAGCGUGUGUAUGGAGCAGGAGAAAUGCUCAUCAGGAAGAGGUACCAAGAUCACCAAAGAAGCAUUGGAGAACAUUUUGUAGAAGAGGUCCAAAAGCUGACGGCGAACUGGGAGGCCAGCACCGAGGAAAAGAGGCUGAUGGAUGGAAUCCUGAGUAUGGUUGGAAAAGAUCUGCUUAUAGACACUGGAGCCUCCGACCUCAAGAGCGUAUCGCUGGGAUCGUGGAAGUACUUCCAUGCCGAUACUGACGGGGAUCUAAACAUUGAAGGGAACAUGUUUGAUUUGCCAUCCAAACUACUGAAGGAGUUUCCAGAUGAAUCUUUACUUCUGAAGAAGCCUGUAAGGAAGAUUGAGUGGGAUGGCUCCUUCAGAACUGGGAAUGGAGAACAGCACCCAGUGCGUGUGGAGUUUGGAGAUGAGGAGGAGAUACUUGCUGAUCAUGUUGUGGUGACUAUCUCCUUGGGCUGCCUGAAAGCACAGGCCUCCACACUUUUCAGUCCUCAGCUCCCUGAACACAAGCUUCAGGCCAUUGACUGUGUCAGGUUUGGCACGCUCACUAAGAUCUUCUUGGUGUACGAGGAGGCUUUCUGGGAUGAUGACGUGAGCGAGAUCAGUCUGUUGUGGGAGGAUGAGUCUCCCGUUUCGCUGGAUGCUGACCCUGCCCAGUGGGUUAAACACUUACAUUUCUUCUCCGUCAUGAAACCCAAGGAGAAAUUUGGCAAUGUUCUAAUUGGAUGGUGUGCAGGAAGGGUUGGGGAGCUGACAGAGACCAUGAAGGAAGAAGACCUCUUGGCGGCCAUUACUGAACACCUCAGAGCAUUUACUCGGAACCCAUCUCUCCCUCCCCCCAAAAGCAUGUUCCGCACACAGUGGUACAGUAACCCCUUUACCCGGGGGGCUUACACGUACCUUCCCGUCGGCACUGACGCUGAGGUUAUGGAUACGCUGGCACUGCCCCUCUCUGGCACCAAGGCCACCAAACCGGAUCUCCAGCUGCUGUUUGCUGGAGAAGCUACCAUGAAGAGCCUGUACAGCACAGUGCAGGGGGCCCUGCUGUCUGGGCAAAGGGAAGCGCAGAGGCUUGCUCAGCAUUAUGGAAAGGUGGCAUCUCCUGCCUCACACUGCUCACUCUCACCUCAGCAUCAAGGAGAGCCUCUGCAGCCUCAAACAGUACUGUGAUGUCAUUGAAAGAGUACUAUGACAUCAUUCAAACAGCACUAUGACAUAAUUCAAAGACUCUCUGAUGCUUUGCUUCGAUGUAAGCCACUGAUUCAAGCUAAAACUGUUUGUCUGGUUUACUGAACAGCUGAAUAAGCUUGUUAGUUUAUUUGAUUUGUAGAAGGAAAACUACACUAUGUUAAAUAUCAAAUUUUAAUAUAGUCUACUAAGUACUAUUUUAAUAUAGUAAUACUAAUAUUAGCAGUGCAAAACGGAGAGUGUUUGUCUGGCCAGCUUUGUUUAUGCAAGUUAUUACUAAACUAUUGGAACUAAUACAAAUAUAUUUUUAAAAACUA